AUGGUAGAGUUUGCCAUCAACAACUCGGUGCAUGCGUCCACGACACAUACACCGUUUUACGUGAAUGGCUUGCGCCAUCCGCGUGUACCCACCUUACUAGAGUGUGACUCUGGUUUAAGGGGGAGAGGGACUCGCGCGAGCAAAAACCGAUUUGGUUCACGCUCAUCACGCUCUGACGAAGAGGUCAUUGCGUUUGAUGCCGAUAUCGAUAACAUCGAUAUUGAAGAAGAUGAUGCCAGUGAGAGUGCGGAAGCCCUCACUGAAGAAGAUGAUGCCAGUGAGAGUGCGGAAGCCCUCACUGAAGAAACUAUUGACGUUGCUGCAGUGCGCUCACAGCACACUGAAGCUAACGAGUCAGCAGAUGAGUUCAUGCUGGCUCGUGAAACGGUAGUCCGUUUUGUGCAAGACUCCAUCGCCGAAGCGGUGACUUAG